AUAUAAAGUAACAUUAUUAUAUUGUAAUGUAAUUGUUUAAGUUUUGAAGCAAAAAGAUCUUUUUAGCAUAACAGUUUAACCUUAUUGACUUAGCUUUAUUUAUCACCAGUUUCCGCGAAGGAAGUGUAGCGGCCACAGGCACUUGGUUGCACUGAUAGUAUUUUUCUUAUAUUGGCCUGUACCUACUGUUUGUUGGUUUUAAUACGUGCACCAGUGCUCCCUGUAUUCAAAAACAUUAUUUACUAUUUAUUUUGGAUAAUGGGAUCUGACCAAAGCCACCAGCUUCCUGCAGGAGCCCCAGGAAGUGAAAUAAAGUCCCAGAGAGAUGAAGACAUUCCAUACACAUCAUACUCAAUUAGCAAACCUAUAUCGGGAGACAACCCCAAAACUUCGCCACGUGUGCAGGGGAAUCGGAGACGCGCAGCCACAGCACCUGUACAACCGGUCUCUAGAGAUAGUGCUGUUGCCAGUUCCUCCUCGGCUUCCAGCAAGCACACAAUUGUUGUCGUUGCAGAUGGUCAAGUAGAUAUUAAAGAUCCAGAUCCUGAGCUGACAAGGCUGAGUACCAUUCCAGCAUUCUAUCCAAUUAUGCGGGGCUCCCUCAACUUACCCACCAGUUCCAGGGAUUUAGAUCUACUGGAGAAAUUGGACCCAAAGAAUCUGUUAUUCCUGUGUCUGAGAUACCAAGAACACCUGAAACAGUUGUCGGAGAGUGUAGCUUUCGAUCAAAAUGCUUUAUGUAUACGAAUAAAAGAGAUUGAUUGUAUAAUUCAGAAGUUGAUGAAUACCAUGACUGAAAAACAGAAAAAGUACGCCAAAUAUGCUGAACAGUUUCAGCGGACUUCAGAAACCGUGCUAGUAUUAAAUCGUGUAAGAGAUACCAUGAAUGAUAUAAUACCCAAAAUGGAGGCACUGAAUAAAAUGUUGCCACCUGGAGAACAGCUGGAACCUUUUCAAAUGAAAGAUAUGCAGCACAGAUGAAUAAACUGCAUGGAGCCGUAAUGAAUUAAAUUUGUAGAAAACUGAUGACUUGAAGUUGUAAAAAACAGAUGACUAUUUUGUCGCACUGCUUACUGUUAUCUACAUUUGAUGACUGAUCAGGGUUGUCCGAGAUGGCUGUCAGCUUCAAAAUAAUGCAAGGGCAAGCUGGGGUAUUUCUCGACAGUAAAAGGGGAAAAUUUUUCCAUAUACUGUUAAGUCAUUAAUUUUUGCGAGGUACUAAUUUUCCUGGACUUCACAAGUCAAUCCACAAUAUUUAAUUCUAACAAAGCAGAAAAGUAUAUUCAUUUCAUGUUUAAAGAUCAAAGUCCAAGAAGUCAUAUCCCCCAAAAUAGCCAUUUGGCUGUUGUGUGUUUGAUCAUGCCUCCAAAAAUUAAAUGAUUUCAAAGUACCAUAUGUGAUGUGACUUUGUGUUGUUAUUUCUGGUUCUUUGGAAUCAUUGGGUUCAUCCAACAUUCUUUUAUAGUGGAAUUUUGCUGAAGCUGGUGUUUUGGGUCAUGAGGGAUGUUGCUCUUUCCAAAGACCCACCAGUCAAACUGAGUCUGCUGUUAUUUUGGUUGGCUGCAUUUAAUGCUUCCAAAGGAUCUUAUAGAUUUAUUUAUUUUGAGGGUUAUAUAUUGUUUUGCAGAUGCCUGUCGGUCAGUAUGUAGACCAAUCGGUUUCCGGAUGAUAACUUAAGAACGAUUGGGCCUAGGAUCAUGAAAGUUGAUAGGGAGAUAGGUCAUGACCAGCAGAUGACCCCUUUUGAUUUUGAGGUCAAGGUCACAGUGACCCUGAACGGUGAAACGGUUUCUGGCUGAGAACUCAAGGAACGCUUGGGCCUAGGAUCAUGAAAGUUGAUAGGGAGGUUGAUCAUGACCACCAGAUGAUCCCUAUUGAUUUUGAGGUCAGUUGGUCAAAGGUUAAGGUCACAUUAACGCAGAACAGUAGAACUGUUUUUGCCAAAUAACUAGAGAAUGCUUUGGUUUAAGAUCACAUUUGAUACAGAGGUCACUUAUGACUGGUAAAUGACCCAUAAUUAUUGAUUUGAGAUCAGUAAGUCAGAUGUCUAGUGCACAGUGACCAAAUAAUUUCUGUUCCUUGUGCAGUUACUGAAUGCAUCAAGGGGGGAAUUUUGUGUUCUACGAGCUCUUUUCUUGAAGAAUUUUAGUCAUGUUAACAAUGGGAUGAAGAAAUAUUCCUCAUUCUUACAAAAAAAAAAAUUGUUUGAAAUUAUUGUGCCAUUUAUGUGUUAGUUAUUAUUAUAAUUACUUGAUAUGUUCAUUUUGUGAUAUAUAAAUAGAUAUUGUGAUAUGUGUAAAAUUGAUUAAUGGGUAAUUCAGUGUCCACUGUGUUCAAUUUGUUGACUCUGAGUGAUACAUUAUGAUAUAUAUUAUAAUUUGCACCAUUUUGACAAACAUGUAAAAGAAAUUUUGUUCAUGUAUUUGCAAUCAAGAUGUAACCUGAUCCAUUUGUAUUUCAUUUAUCUUCCAUGUAUGAUUUGUUUGAAUUAAUAAUCAAUGUAUCGGAAUUUUAAUGGUGCAGUAGAUGGAUAGAUUUUUAUGCCCCUCUUUGUCGAAAGACCAAAGAGGCAUAUUGUGUUUGAACUGUUGGUCUAUCUUGUUAGCUCAACUCUACCUACAGUUUCCAUCCAAUUCAAACGAAACUUGAUAUACAUUAUCAACAUGUACAUAUUGUUGCAAUUUUAUUAUUAAUUAUUUUCUCUCGAGUUAUGCCCCCUUUUUGGACCAUUUCACUAUUACAACUACAUUAGUACCUCAUUUGCUCAAAUUCUCCUACAGUUUACAUCUAGUUUAAAAGAAUGUUGGUAUAAACCAUUGAAGCUAAGUGAACAUACCCGUAUUUUUGGAACUUUGAUAUCUGAAUAUUUUUUCUUGAGUCAUGAGCCUUUUUUACUUUACAGUAUUAUUAUAUCAAGCAUUUUCAGAGAGCAUGUGUGAUACUUUGUUGACACCACUACUGUUUUUUGUAUAAUGAAUCAAUUUGCUAAUUUUUUCAGUUGAUUUAAGAAAUAAUUUAUAGCAAAAGAGUGUUUUAACACUAUUUAUGCAUGAUGGGCAGUUAUACGUCGGGUGUAAUAAUAUGCGCCCUUGUGAAAUUAUUUCCGCCCGAGUGUAUAAAUAGUGUUAAAACACGGCCUUGCUUUAAAAUAUUUUGAUUCUAAUAUGCCCUUAAUCUAAAACACUAGAUAAAAAAUUGGUAGCGCUCUUUCUUGGUCGCAACAAAAACAUUGACGUCACCGCAUGUUAACGUGACGUCAUUCUAGCGUAAGAGUGUUUUAACAGAGAAAAAACGUGACGUCAUUCUAGCGUAAGGAUGUUUUACAGAGAAAAGGAUAUUAGAAUACAAGAUACAGAAAGAAGUAUCAGGAGUUGUUUUUUUGGAGGUAUUUUUUGUCAAACAAAAGUUUAUAAUAAAAUCUUGAUUAUAUACUCAUUUUUAAACUCAUUAAAAAUGUUUUUACAA